AGACCGUAUUAUAUGGCAGUGGGGGUAAUGACGUCGCAGCUCUCGCUCGCUCCAUUCACUGACCGGCCGUCGUCGCGAGUAGUCGCGAGUCUGUCCUGCUUUCUUCUGAACAUCGAUACCGUUCCAGGAUCUAACGGAAUAUCCCGGAAGUGUGGUUUAGACUUGACUGCCUCUUUGUGUGUAAACUUUUUUGUAUGAGUUGCUACGAAUUCCUGGUACUCCUACUGAGAAUAUCAAUAUUAAUCGGUGGUUUUUAAUCGAAGCCUAGAAUGUAUUUGUGAAAGCUACUUACUCUUGGUCUAUCUUUCUUCUUCUCGCGUAUUUAUGUUGUGUGUGUGCGCGCAUAUGCGUGUAUGAUUUGUGUACAUAGUAGUGUUUGUACGGAUUCGAGAAGGUCUUUGGACGCGAAAGGAUACGAUCGAUUGUGAUUCGUGGAACGAGAUAUGACCGUCGCCGGAAAGAGAUACGUGGACUGUACUGUUUUGGAAACCGGAAGCAUUGCUGACGCAGAGGAUUCAUCUUAUGACAGCGAUUACGAAGUCGAGGAUUUGAUCGCAUCCACGAACGUUCAUUCGCCAGUGGAACUGCAGGUGUCUGCUUCAAACCAUUCAGAUGUAUCCAGAACUAUCUCAGACACCUUAGCCGCAGAAUUUGCAGAAUAUGUCACAGUCCAAGGAAGUCCACCUAUUCAGAGUCCAGGCUACACAGCUAGAGUAGAAUUUGCUCUCAAACUUGGUUAUACCGAACGAUUAGUUCAAACAGCAUUGCAAAAGUUGGGUCCAGAUCCAGAGCAAAACGAGCUUUUAGCUGAAUUGAUAAAACUCGGUGCUAGUAGUUCUCAAAAAUCAGUUGACACUCCAGAGGAGUCUGAUAAUGUUCUAGAUACUGAUAUAGUGACAGAUUUAAGCGGAUGCUCCACUAGUCUCAGGCCCGUCGUUAUCGAUGGAAGCAAUGUGGCGAUGAGCCAUGGAAAUAAAGAAGUAUUUUCUUGUAGAGGAAUAAAAAUUUGUGUGGAUUGGUUUAAAGCAAGAGGGCAUGGAGAAAUUACUGUAUUUGUACCAAAAUGGAGAAAAGAGGCUUCUAAAAUUGAUAAUCCAAUUGCUGACCAGGAUAUUCUAGGAGAAUUAGAAAAGGACCGGUUAUUGGUCUUCACACCAUCUAGAUUAGUUGGUGGUAAAAGAUUAGUUUGUUAUGAUGAUCGUUAUAUUCUAAAAUUAGCAGCAGAGAUUGAUGGUAUUGUUGUCAGCAAUGAUAAUUACAGAGAUUUGGCCCAAGAGAAUCCAGAAUUUCGAAAAGUCAUAGAAGAAAGGAUUUUGAUGUAUACUUUCGUAAAUGAUCGUUUUAUGCCACCAGACGAUCCAUUAGGCAGAAGCGGACCUACUUUGGAGAAUUUUUUACGGAUUAUUCCAAAAAAAACCGAUCCAGCCCCACCUUGUCCAUAUGCAAAAAAAUGUACUUAUGGGAAUAAAUGUAAAUUUCGACAUCCAGAAAGAGGUCCUCAUCCUCAAAAAUCGGUUACAGAGAAACUAGUAGAACAUGUACAAAAGCAUCUUCAAAUUAGAGGUCCAAAUUCAAACCCUGUUGUACCAAGUAGUGUACCUUCCAAAAUACCUCAGCAUCAACCAUUGUGUAAAACUAGAUCAACCGUAACCACUAGUGCUCAAUCGUUGCUUUCGGUUGUUAAAAGUAGAUCUGUAGAAAAUGUUACAAUUGAGCAACCAAUAAACUCUGGUACACAUGGAUCUCAAGUAACCUCAACCACAAAUACUCAGGGUCACCGCUCUUCCAUGUGGACAACAGGAAGGUUAAAUAAACCAGAUGCAGAAUUACCAAAUCCACAUAGAAAACUUCAGAGGCAGUUAACAUUGAAUCCAGUAUGUGAUCCUCGACUUUGUCAAUUACGACAGUAUCAGCAAGCAUCACAAACGGGUUCAGUAUCAAAACCGUCUGCAGUCACAACUUCUAGAGUGCAACACAGGCCUUUAACUAGACAUUCCAGUAACGAAUCACCUUACAGAGCUGCCAUGAAUUGGGAUCAUUCUGAAGCACGACAAUGUCACCAGCAUGUAACUCGUAUUGCUUCGGCGCCAGAUUCGUAUCAAGCUUGGCCACUAAACAAUUCGAACAUGGGUACAUCAUCAGGAUCAAAUCAACGAUUGGGUGCCUCAGAUCCACAAUUAAAUCCUGUCGCAUCUUCGUUAUACUCAAAUAUGCCUUCAGAUGCACUGAAAGAAUUUCUGGACACUAGAACAAAGAUACAUUAUCAUUUGGCAAAUAUUUUUCCUGAAGAACAUGUGAGGGCUGCUAUGUUAAUUCAUCCAUUUGAAACAGAUCCAAUAGAGAUCUGCAUUGCUAUUCUAAAGAUGUAUCCUCAAUAAUGGAGUAAUGGAAUACAGUAGUAACAAGAGAAAGUAAGUGAGAAGAAAGAUCAUGAUCAGCGUGAAGAGUUAACGUUAACUGCAUUGUAAAGGGCGAGAUUCAAUGAUGAAAAAAAUGCGCUGUUAUUAAUCCCUUCCCUACAAAACGGCCACUUUUGUGGACGUCAAUCGAGACUGCCACUGUGUACGAACAGCCACUAUAGUAC